AUGGCUCCCUCUGCUAAGGUUGACGACCCUCGCAUGAGCUCGAUAAAACCUCGAUUGAAGUACAACACUAUCGGCGGUGUCAAUGGGCCGUUGGUCAUCCUUGACAAUGUCAAAUUCCCCAGAUACAACGAAAUCGUCAGCUUGACCCUACCCGAUGGCGAGGUCAGAUCAGGCCAGGUCCUCGAAGCGAGAGGUAAUCGAGCCGUGGUGCAGAUCUUCGAGGGCACAACAGGUAUCGAUGUGAAGAAGACGAAAGUCGAAUUCACGGGUCACAGUCUGAAGAUUGGUGUCUCCGAGGACAUGUUGGGCCGAGUCUUCGAUGGCUCAGGCAGGGCUAUUGACAAAGGCCCCAAGGUACUUGCAGAAGACUACCUCGACAUCAACGGCAGCCCUAUCAACCCAUAUGCAAGAGUGUACCCUGAAGAAAUGAUCUCAACCGGUAUCUCAGCCAUCGACUGCAUGAAUUCGGUCGCUCGAGGACAAAAGAUCCCUAUCUUCUCUGCGUCAGGUCUUCCUCACAACGAAAUCGCUGCCCAAAUCUGUCGGCAAGCUGGUCUCGUCAAGCAAGCCGACAAGGGCGUUCACGAUGACCACGAAGACAACUUCUCCAUCGUCUUCGGUGCUAUGGGUGUGAACAUGGAGACUGCCCGCUUCUUCCAACGCGAUUUCGAGGAGAACGGUUCGAUGGAGCGUGUCACACUCUUCAUGAACUUGGCCAAUGAUCCGACCAUCGAACGUAUCAUCACUCCUCGUCUGGCUCUCACCACUGCCGAAUACUAUGCUUAUCAGCUCGAGAAGCACGUCCUCGUCAUUCUCACCGAUCUGUCAUCAUACUGCGACGCUCUUCGAGAAGUCUCGGCUGCCCGAGAAGAAGUUCCUGGCCGACGUGGUUAUCCUGGUUACAUGUACACUGAUUUGUCGACCAUCUACGAACGAGCCGGUCGUGUCGAAGGUCGCAACGGGUCCAUCACCCAGAUUCCCAUCCUGACGAUGCCUAACGACGAUAUCACGCAUCCCAUUCCAGAUCUGACUGGUUACAUUACAGAAGGUCAGAUCUUCGUCGACAGAGGCUUGGACAACAAGGGUAUCUACCCGCCUAUCAACGUGCUCCCGUCACUUUCCCGACUUAUGAAAUCCGCCAUCGGCGAAGGCCUAACCCGCAAGGACCACGGUGACGUGUCCAACCAGCUGUACGCCAAAUAUGCCAUUGGUCGUGACGCCGCUUCGAUGAAGGCUGUCGUCGGUGAGGAGGCCUUGUCAUCGGAAGAUAAGCUUGCUCUGGAAUUCUUGGACAAGUUCGAAAGACAGUUCAUUGCACAAUCGCCGUAUGACAAGCGAACUGUUUUCGACUCGCUCGAUCUUGGCUGGUCAUUGCUGCGUAUUUUCCCCAAAGAGAUGUUGAAUCGAAUCAAUCCCAAAUUGCUGGACGAGUUCUACAGCCGGAAGAGCUCGAGGAAAGACAAGGACAAGGAUCAGAAGAAGGGCAACAAGGACACCAAGGACAACGAUAAUGACGGAGAGGAUGAGCAGCCAAAGACGAAUGGCGAGACCGAGAACUUGAUGGACGACUAA